AUGCCCUAUUCAUUCGACCGGAUUUGCAAGGAUGUGGUCAAAAAGCUUCAAGGAAAAGAUCUGUGUCCUGUCAAAUGUCUAUCAGAUGCAACUAAGUUCCGUCAGUUUGCGAUACUGCAGAAGACUUCUCAGUCAUGGCAUUGGACAUCUGAAGAUAUUCCAGUUGGAUAUUCCCUUCUGCAGAUCUUAGAGCCAAAUGUUCCCAGCCCAGAGACUGAAGUGUCAGCUCCCAUGCCCUUCAAACGCAUUGUAUCCAAGAAACUGAAGGGUAACGUGGGUGUCAAUGCCAUUGCAGAAGGAAGUGUGUCAACAGGGUUUGGUCAUUCCUAUGGAUAUGACAUUGAGGUUCAGUGUACCAGCAUCCCAGCAUCAAAACUUGGAAUUCUUCAAAACAGGAAACUGGUGGAAAAUGAGCCAUCAUUUGUGAAGGAUUGCUGGAUUGGAAGGAAGGACCUGUAUGUGGUGACCGAGGCCUAUGAAGUCACCAAGGCUACAGUGUUGGAAGACAGCAGUACUGAGGACCUUUCAGGACAAGUGCUCACCCCCCAGUUUCUUCAAGCCCAGGGACAGUGGCAAAGGGAGACAAAGAAUUUAGUACCUAUUCCAAAGGGUGCAGUGGUGGCCUACAGGAAGAAGCAACUGGUCAUUGAGAAUGACACUUGUGCCAUUCUCCUUUCUGGUAGUGGCAAGAAGAAAACCUUUCUAGGUGCAUUCCCUAGGUUCCAAGGUCUUCCUGUUGCCUCAGAUGAGAGUUUCAGAUCUAGAAGGGACACAGAGAUACAUUAUUCAAUAACGAUAGAGGAGCCGAUAAAUUACAUCGCUCCAAUUGGAAGGUUAGAGGAACCCUUACAUAAUGAUUUCCUGAAUCUAGAAAGAGAGAUUUUUGAGAAAACACAGAUGCUGCCCAUUCUUUCAAAGGACGUUCAAGAUGCUGUAUUCUCUAGUCUCCUGCCCAUGCUAGGAGACAGGGACACUCUGUAUGACCUGAUGUCCAUGCUGGAGUUGGAUCAGUUGGGGCACAUGGAUGGCCCAGGUGGUAUGAUCCUCGAUGAGCUGCGAAAGGACUCAUGGAAUGUCCUAAAGGACCUCCUUCUUUAUCUCCUUCACGCCCUAAUGGUGCUGAGUGAUACCCAACUCAGUCUGCUGGCCCAGUCUGCGGAGAAGAGGCUCCUCCUCCACCAACGAGAGCUGGUGAAGAGCAUCCUGGAGUCCAACUUCAAGUAUCCCUGGAACAUCCCCUUCACUCUGCAGCCUCAGCUCCUCGCCCCACUCCAGGGGGAGGGCCUGGCCAUUACUUACGGAUUGCUGAGCGAGUGUGGGCUGCAGAUGGAGCUGAAUAAUCCCAGGUCAACUUGGGAUCUGGAAGCCAAGAUGCCCAUGUCUGCGCUUUAUGGGAGCCUGUCGUUCCUGCAGCAACUUGUAGAAGCCUAACCCUGCUCAGAGCCUGGCCCCAGCCCAGCCAGUGCUGAGUCCUGGAUGCAUUUGAGACAUGGCACCAUGGCGUACACGGGAGAGGAGUUUACUGUGCACGUUCUAGGUGUUGGCAAUAAUGAUGCUAACUAAGUGUUCUUCUUUUGAAUGUGCUAUUCAUUCACAAUUAUAUAAAUAAUAUGUUUUGGUCA